GUUCCUCCAGUUGUUCAGUGGGUUCAGUGGCGCGGAGAACGGAACCACGAGAGACGAACAGACACGCUAAAAACGAGAAUGGUCGGUGUUGGUGGAGAAUCGCUUUCUGCGGCCGCCGCAAUUGUGACUGCGGCGCUGCUCUGUUGCACCGGUCGAGCAAAUGGAGCGGAAUACUUGGGAAAGUUCCUGGGGAAACUUUCCGAGCUGCAUCACGGAGUUUCGGGCGAGGUGUACGCGGUCGACGGCAGAACUUUGCACAUCAAGGACUUCACUUACGACGGACAGGGACCAGGAGCAUAUUUCUACGCGAGCACUUACAAAACCGCCGACAGCAAAGGUUUCAGAUUGAGGGACGAGAAUAACAACGGGGACGUUAUCAGGAGGUACAGGAAAGAAGGAGUUACCCUUACCCUGCCCGAGGGCAAGACCCUCAACAACAUCAAGAUAUUCUACGUGUGGUGUGAGGACUAUGACGUUAACUUCGGGGACGUAAAAAUACCGAGAAACUUCGACUUUCCCAGGCCGCAGAAGAUCGACAGCCUCAAAGGCGUGCACGCAAUAUCCUCUGACAACGUCGUCAUCGUCGACGCUCAAACUUUGCUAAUUCCAAACUUACAUUACGAUGGAGAAGCCCCAGAUGCUAAGUUUUGGGUAGGUCGUGGCCCCAAACCAUCUCCACAAGGAAUCAGAGUCCCAGAUGAAAACGGCAAAGAAUUACCUCUCAGAAGGUACGAUGGCAAAACUGUAGUACUCACCCUACCAGGUGACUUGACUGUUUUUGAUAUCGGUCAUUUUGGAAUAUGGUGCGAAGAGUUUACAGUAGACUUCGGACAUAUUCAGAUCCCGCAAGGACUGAACAUACCGCCAUCUUUAAAAAUGCUUGGAGUUAGUCCACAGUCAAAAUUAAACUGCGAAGUUUUGAAUGACAAGCUGGCUUUCGAAGUGCGUUGGGCAAUCGCGGGUGAAAGCAUUGUUCUUCAGCUGGUUGCCAAACUAGAUGAUAGAGAAUACAUGUCCUUUGGUUUAUCUGGAGAAGAGUCAAAGAGUGAAAUGAUUGGGGGCGAUGUUGUUGUCGCCUGGGUCGACAAGAAUACCCUGAAAGGAUACGCUCAAGACUACUACCUGGAAGACAAGUCUCAAUGUUCUGGACCUACUGGAUCUUGUCCCGAUACUAGAUUCCUUGAAAAUACUGACAAUAUUCGUCUUCUUAAUGCUGCCAUGGUUAAUGGAUACUCCAUCGUGACAUACCAAAGACCGCUGAAGGCGUCGGACAAAUACGACUUGCCCAUCUAUAAUAACAAAUCACAGGCUAUCAUUUGGGCAGUGGGUCCCUUAAACCAGAGAAAUGAAGUGUCUUUCCACAGUCACUACCUUAAAACUGAUAGCUUUAUCGACUUCGGCAGACCAGCCAAAUGGAACUGUCCCACUCCAGAAGCCGAUCCACCAGCAUCCCCACAAACCAUAGCUUCUGCCAAAAAACAUCAAGCUUCGGAGAACAGUGAAGAAGAAUAUCCUCAACCUCCUGAGGUUGAGCCAUCUACUACAACUACUGCAGCUCCUAGAAGAUCCAGCGAUAGAAGACGAGGAGGUGGUAGACCUAGAAGACCGGUUGCUGCAGCAGCUACCGAGAUCGUAGAAGAAGUUCAGCCGACUAGGAAAGAACCAACAAGGACGAGAGGCAAUAAUCGCGUAUCACAGAGAGGUGUACCUUCACCCACCCCAGUCGAAAACCGAGACGCCUGGGAAAUUCCGCCCAUUCAGUGCAACGAGCCUGAUGAUGGAGUAUUCUACGCCCAAAUGGGACCUACCGGAGGCAAAAGUGGCUAUCCGGCUAUCACAGGACACGUGGGUUGGGGUAUUUCCUGGUACAUAAAUGGCUUAUUAAUUCCUGUUAUCAAUGUUGUCAGAGGGAAAACCUACACGUUCGUCACCGAGGGUGGAGACAACCCUGAAAUUUCCGCUAAGUAUCAUCCAUUCUACAUAACCGAUGAUCCUAUUGGUGGAUACGUCUACAAAACACCAGAAGAGAAGAAGAAUGUGACAGUAUUUGCCGGAGUCGAACAGGCCAAAGACGGUAGUCUACAACCAACAGGAACGGGUAGGUUGUGUCAUUGGUCUGGAGAUCAAGAUGCCGACGAAUUCCAAUCGUUCGGUGCCUACCAGAGAACGUUACAGCUUAAAUGCGACAAAGGGGAACCAGGAUUCAUCCAGUGGACUCCGGACAAGAAUACCCCAGACACUGUCUACUAUCAGUGCUUCACCCACCGGCACCUUGGCUGGAAAAUCAACGUCCUAGACACCUGCGACGAAAUCGCCUCCGCCAGCGAAAUAAAACCCGUAGCGGUAGUACCUCCUCCAUCCUUCACAUCCGACAUCGAACUGGAGGCUAGCCCUUCAGUAGUCCAGGAAAAAAGGGUAAUGAUCCCAAACAAUAUUUUAUCCCCUGAGCUCAAAGCCCAUAAAUCUCACCCUACCGUUUCAGAAAGCACUAGCCCAUUAGAUGAUGUCACGUCGUCCUCACCCAUUAGUCAAGCGGUUACUAGCGACACGAAAAGUACAAAGAUACCUAAACGAAAAGUGUUUCGCUAUAAACGCCCCCGUCGAGUUGUUCCUGAGGAAGCGGUGAGUUCGAAAUCCCAGCCAGAAUACACACCGAUACGUCGAAACGUUAAAAAAGUCGAUUCGGACUCGAUAACUGAAGUCAAGAACGUAGAAAUCUCCCCGAUGCACGUGUCGCCAGUACGAGACCCAGAUCAUUCAGAAAUCGACUUAAAAUCUCUCAUGAAUAAAACCAAAUCCCCAAUAAAAAACGAAAUCAAACCUGACAUUGACCCAGAAGGCCAGAUUGGAGUCAUUGAGAUCAAGGGAGAAGAAAAAAUCGAGAAGAAAGAAACCCUUAGUCACACCAACCCUCCAAGAAGAAAAAAAUACAUAAAAGUUUUCAAAAAAACUAAAACCCAAAACGCAGACAAGAUAAUUCAUACCAGAAGCCUACUACAGUCAGAUUUUGAACCUGAAACAGCUGCAGCUGACAGAGUUGAAUCAUACUAUCUCCCUCCAGCAGGCCAAUCACACAAACCCAAAACAUCUUCACCAAAGCAACCAUCAAACAUUGAUUUCGAGACUGUAACCGCUAGUAGAUCAUCAGCAGCCUCCUCAUCACCAAAAUUAAGUGGAGGAAGUUCACCUCCAGACGUACUUGUGACGUACGAUGGUAAAAGAGUCUCUGGGGCUAGUCUGACAACAAGACCGUUUCAAAAAUCAACACUUUUAAGCCAAAGGGGUUCAAAAGCGGCAGAAUUGAUUAAAGCCAGGCCCCAAUUUGUGCCUUUUAAAGGUGAAUUACCACCUUUGAACCCGGAUGUUUUAUUUGACACCAAGCACGUGCAGCGGGAUUCGAACGUAGGUGUUCUGAGCAGGGAUUUGGACACGCCGCUUCCUCCACCAUCUGGAUCCACCAAAUUAACCAGAAUCAGAUGAGAAUGUAACGGAUUGAUAGUCAAUAUAGUUGCGUUUAAAUUGUAUUUGAUUCACUUUCAUAUAUUAAGAUUCUAAAACUUAUUAUUUUUUUUACAAAUUGUAUAUUCAGAAACUGCAUGUUAUUCAUUUGUAAAUAUAUUUUAAUUUAAUUCUGGCAAAAGGACAUUCAAUGUUAUUUGUCGAACGUAUUUUGCACUAUUUUAUGUGUAUUCUAUAUACGUAGUUAAAGAUAGUUAAUUUGUAUAUUUCUUACGUUGUUUUUUAUAUAUAAAUAUAUUUUUUACAUACAAAUUAUGUUUUUGCAUUAAAACCAAUAGCCGUAGCACCUCCGCCAUCUUUCACAUUCAUCGUCGAACUGGAGGCUAGCCCAUCAGUAGCCCAGGAAACAUGGGUAGUAAUCCCAAACAAUAUUUUUCCCCUGAGUUCAAAGCCUAGAAAUCUCACCCUACCGUUUCAGAAAGCACUACCCCAUUAGAUGGUCACGUCGUCCUCACCCAUUAGUCAAGUGGUUACUAGAGACACGAAAAGUACAAAGAUACCUAAACGAAAAGUGUUUCGCUAUAAACGCCCCCGUCGAAUUGUUCCUGACGAAGCGGUGCGUUCCAAACACCAGCCAGAAUAUACACUAAUACAUCGAAACGUUAAAAAAGUCGAUUCGGACUCGAUAAUCGAAGUCAAAAACGUAGAAAUCUCCCCGCUGCACGUGUCGCCACUCCGUGACCCAGAUCAUUCAGAAAUCGACUUAAAAUAUCUCAUGAAUAAAACCAAAUCCCCAAUAAAAAACGAAAUCAAACCUGACAUUGACCCAUAAGGCCAGAUUGGAGUCGUUGAGAUCAAGGGAGAAGAAAAAAUCGAGAAGAAAGAAACCCUUAGUCACAUCAACCCUCC